UGGGAAUCUCUUGAGAGAGCACGUUUCUGUUUGUAGCAUUCUUCUUAGCCAUUUCUGCUAAAACUGUGGUUGUGGGCCCAAGGCAGUUUACAUGAGCAAGUGCUUCCCGAAACGUAGAAGAAGACCUCACUGUAACGUGUUUUAUGUGGUGGUUUGUCCUGGUUGUCUAGCAGAGGGAGUUUAAUGCAUAGACGAUAAAUACUGAAAGAAUGAAAACGCGGUUAAGAGUCUUGCUUGCAAGGCAACGUUGCUUUUACCAAACAUUCGUUUUUAAUAAACUCUUAGGGGCAUUAGAGAAAGUAACUGGUGGUAAAUGGUUAUGAGGGUCUGAACCUGAGCCGAGGGGAGGGCGUGGCGAAGGCAAACGUAGUUAGGAAAUCAUCUGGGUCUUUUAUUCUUUUUACGUCGUUUUGUGUAGAAGGAAAUGCUUUUACUUCACUUUCACGCUCUUACCGUCCUCCUCACCUUACUGUUCUCCCACAUUCAGACUUUGAGUUCCCUCCAUCUAAGAAUAUUCGCGAUUUUAGAACUCUUAUACUCAUUUUCUGCAGUACUUGCCUGAGCCCUUGUGGUCCUGAGCUUAGCCGCACACUUGCUUAGUUUUGGUUCCUGUUCUCUGUCCGGGUGGUUUGGCGAGGACAACACCUUAGGUUCCACCGAGAACCACAGCUAAGACUCCACGGCUUUCCGCCGACGCGCCGCGGCCGGGGAGACGCCCCCGACGCAACGCGCAGUCUCCGCCGACGCAGGCGCGGUCUCCGUGAUGCAACGCGCGCCCCCUCUGGCCCCGCCCAAACGUGCCGCGCGCCAACCCACAGUUCCCGCUGCGCGCUGCGAUCCCGCCGCCGCCGCCGCCGCCCGUUAGGGCUCCCGCAGCCGGGGACAUGUUGCAGAAACCGAGGAGCCGGGGCCGGCCUAGCUCCCAGGCGGAGAGGGACUGGGGCCGCGCUGCGGCCGAGGAGGCCCCGAGCACCUCCCGCGGGGCGGGCAGCUCCCGGGAGGCCCGGAGCGCAUCGUCGCAGGGCGCCCGCCGGGCCGCGGCCUCCCCGGAGGUGGGGCCCAGGUCCCAGCAGCAGCUGGAGCUGAAGGUGGCCGAGCUGGUGCAGUUCUUGCUGAUUAAGGACCAGAAGAAGAUCCCGAUCAAGCGCACUGACAUACUGAAGCACGUCAUCGGGGACUACAAGGACAUCUUCCCUGACCUCCUUAAACUGGCCGCCGAGCGCCUCGAGUACGUCUUCGGGUACAAGCUGGUGGAACUGGAACCCAAAAGCAACACCUACAUCCUGAUCAACACCCUGGAACCGGUGGAGGAGGAUGCCGAGGUGAGAGGCGACCAGGGCACGCCCACCACCGGCCUCCUGAUGAUUGUUUUAGGUCUCAUCUUUAUGAAGGGCAAUACCAUCAAGGAAACGGAGGUCUGGGACUUCCUGCGUCGCUUAGGGGUGUACCCCACAAAGAAGCAUUUAGUUUUUGGGGACCCAAAGAAACUUAUUACCGAAGAGUUCGUGCGGCAGCGUUACCUGGAGUACCGGCGGAUACCCCACACUGAUCCUGUAGACUAUGAAUUACAGUGGGGCCCCCGAACCAACCUGGAAACCAGCAAGAUGAAAGUUCUUAAGUUUGUGGCCAAAGUCCAUAAUCAAGACCCCAAGGACUGGCCGGCACAGUACUGUGAGGCUUUGGCAGAUGAGGAGGCCAGAGCCAGACCUGAGACAGGUGGCCCAGCCCCCUCCUCUUGAAGUCUGAGAUAGAUUCAGAGGGACUUCUGGGGAAGGUCAAAGGCACUGGGUGAAGGGUUAGGGGUGGGAGGGAGCAUAUUUCCGUAACGCUUAAAUGUGUGUGGCUCUAGGAUGUGUUUGCAAACAUACGUUCUCUUUUAAUGUAAGUUACUUGGUUCCAGCUUUUCACUUUUAAAAAUAUUAGGAGGGGAUUUUGGUUUGAUUUGUUUUAUCGUUGUAUAUUUUGGCGUAAAAAUUUUGCUACCAUUAUACAACUGAUUGAAAAACUUUGUACCGUGAUCUGGAACUGGUGUUUAAAAAAGAGCACAUCGGUAAAUUGCUUUGGCGCCAAGAAAAUAAAAGCGAGGUGGUUAUUAUCUGGUCUCUUUAACAGUUUGUAAGUUAAAAUAAAAACCUUUAUAAAUUAAAAAAAAUGUAAUUGUCCAUAUCCUUUUUUACCUUAGGACAGCUAUUUUAUAUUUAUAUAUUUCCCAUGUAUAUAAGCAUUAUGCAUGGUCUAAGUAAUGUACAUAUUGUAUUUUCUCCGAAUAGCAAUUUUUUUUUAAUAUUCGUAAUUAUCACUCGGCUCUGUGACCAUUUAGUGCCAUAUGGUUUUUUCUUUUUUUCCUUUCUUUUUUUGUGGCUAUAAUUGUAAUAAAUACUGUAUCUUUGAAGCAA